GCAAAGCUACAUGUUAAUAUAGAAUGAAUGAGAAAGAGAAAAAUAAUCCAUUUGACUCAGCUGGUGUUUUCUCUCGUGCAUUUUUCUGUUGGCUUAUUCCUUUACUAAUCAAAGGAAGAAAACACCAUUUACAACAGGAAGAUUUAUAUGAAACUUCGAAAUAUCAUUCUUCUGAGUAUCUUGGAAACCUUCUGCAGAAAGAAUGGAAUAAAGAACUGAAAGAUAGAAAUCCAAGCAUGUUGAAAGCUAUAUUGCGAUUCCUUGGAUGGCAAUUUUUUACUGCAAUUAUACUUGCAGUUAUUCAGGUAUCAUAA